CCGCAGGCUAUCUGGCGCGAGGCUGUGACAGUUGGUGCUUCGUGCCAGCCCGCACCGGGGAUGGUGCGCGCGACAAGGAGAAUGGCUAGGAUUGGCUGAUAGGCGGCGGGGUGGGGCGCUUGGAGGCCUCGCGCCCAAUGAGGCCGUUGGGGGCGGGGUAGAUCCAAGCCGGGCCAGGUCUAAGGCCGGGGCGGGCAGGCUAGGCGGCCGAGCGGGCCGGGCAGCGAUGGCGGAGGCUGAGGCAGGCGGCGACGAUGGCCGCUGCGUACGGCUUAGUGCCGAUAGGGCCCAGACGCUGUUGGCCGACGUGGACACGCUGCUCUUCGACUGCGACGGCGUGCUGUGGAGAGGGGAGACUGCUGUACCAGGCGCGCCGGAGGCGCUGAACGCCCUGCGGGCCCAGGGCAAGCGGCUGGGCUUCGUGACCAACAACAGCAGCAAGACCCGCGAGGCCUACGCCGAGAAGCUGCAGCGCCUUGGCUUUGGCGGCCCCGCGGGGCCCGGCGCCGGCCUCGAGGUUUUUGGCACGGCCUACUGCGCCGCCCUAUACCUCCGUCAGCGCCUAGAGGGUGGCGGGGUCCCGGCCAAGGCCUAUGUGCUGGGCAGCCCGGCUCUGGCCGCAGAGCUGGAGGCCGUGGGCAUCGAGAGCGUGGGUGUGGGUCCCGAGCCCCUGCAUGGCGUCGGACCUGGAGACUGGCUGGCAGAGCCCCUAGAUUCCGGCGUUGGCGCGGUGGUGGUGGGCUUCGAUCCCCACUUCAGUUACGCGAAGUUGACGAAGGCUGUACGCUACCUCCAACAACCAGGCUGCCUCCUCGUGGGCACCAACAUGGACAACCGACUCCCGCUGGAAGGCGGAAGCUAUAUUGCCGGUACUGGCUGUCUUGUCCGAGCUGUGGAGAUGGCUGCACAGCGGCAGGCAGAGAUCAUAGGUAAGCCCAGCCGCUUCAUCUUCGAUUGUGUGGCUAAGGAGUUCGGCCUCAAUCCAGAACGCACCGUCAUGGUGGGAGAUCGUCUAGACACAGACAUCCUCCUGGGGGUUACUUGUGGCCUCAAGACCAUCUUGACUCUUACCGGGGUCUCCAGCUUGGAGGAUGUGAAAGGCAACCAGGAAAGUGACUGUUCUCACCGGAAAAAAAUGGUUCCUGACUUCUAUGUCGACAGCAUAGCCGACCUUAUACCAGCUCUUGAAGAUUAAAGAGUUACAGUGUCUUUAAUCUCCAAAAUAAAAAAUAAAAAAUCGGUUACCUUAAUUAAUGGGUGGGCUUGAACCAUGUACUCAUCUAGAUGAGUACAAAGAAUGUAAUGGAAUUUAAGAAACUUAGUUUGUAAACCUUGCAAUUGAGCUUGGGGGGAGGGAGGGAAUGAUUUUGUUUACAAAUUCCUCUAUUUUAAGAUGCACUUUGAAAGGGGGGGAAGAAACAUUGUUGUGGCUCCUGACUGUAUUUUGUUGGGAGGGAGGGCCCACCACAAUGCCUGCCUUCCAGGGAUUCAGCUAGCUUCAGAGUUGUACCUGAAGCUGCAGGGUUAAGGAAGGAAGUGUUUCAGCCUUUUGUUCAAAUUUGUCCUUCAGAAAAAUCUGAAAUUCAAAGUUUAUUCAGGGAUAAGCCUUUUUUUCAGGCAAGGAUGUGGGGCUAUUUUGUGACUUCUUGAGAACUAGUACAAGCCAAAUUAGGCCCAGCCUCAACAUCUUUUGUCCUUGGUAAAGCCAUGUUUUAGAGGCCUUCGCCUUAGGGUUACCAGGACUUGGGGAAGGAGAAGGGAAUGCUCCCAUUUGGAGACCCUCCAUUGAAUCGAGGGUCUGUCCUCAUCUCUGUUCCUCUUCCCCUUCCCUUUUCAAGACAAUUGCACUCUGAUUUGAUGUCACAAAUGGGCAUUUAUUGCAUUUCAAACUUAGGGCCUUUGGGCCUUGCUUUGCCUCCAUCCAGAUGGAUCUGUAAAAUCUCAGGAUAACUCAGAAGCCUGAGGAAGUCUCAAUCCAUCACCAAUAUUUAUUUAAAAUAUUAAGUGAAGUAUAUUAUAUAGAACACUUUAUUAAGUGCGUACUAGAGAGAAUGUAAAUGGUGUCCACCCUGCCUGGUCUCUUUGUUUAGUACUGCUGUUUAGUGAACUGAAAGUGGAUGUUGGUACCAAAAACUAUUUUUUUACUUUUGAACAACUUUGUAAAGUGGUGGAAUUAAAUCUUAAGUGUACUAAUUGCUGUUCUCAUGUCCUAGGAAAAAUAUUUAAAAGGAUUUCAAAUACCUGGUUAGGACAAGUGCUGGCAGAGGUUCUGUGGGUGGUGAAAGAGCUCAGAGGCUCCAGAUAUGACAGGCUGCAGACUCCCCACAAUGUCCCACUGAUGCUUAGACCCACAACAAAGGUGCCUCAUCUUUAAAGGAACAACCUAUAUGACUGGAGCCAUGUCUGAUAGUGGGAAUAAGCCAGUGAAGGUGGGGUCCUUUUAAAAAGCAGAAGGCCAAAGCAGUGCAAGGCUAUAUAUAGCUUUGCAGCCUUUUCCCCUCUCUCCUCUCUCUCUCUCUCUCUCUCUCUCUCUCUCUCUCUCUCUCUCUCUCUCUCUCUCUCUCUCUCUCUCUCUCUCACUCACUAUUUCUCUCACUCUCGUGCUCUCGCUCUUGCAUACACACACCUAUCUUUCCUCUGGGGGUUAGAUGCCAGCAGUAUAAACUUGCCACUUGCUCUGGACUAUACCUUUGAAUAGGAGGUCCAUGGCCUUUAAAAGCUGGAAGUGGAACACUACCAUUUGGAGCUUCCUGUAGAGACUGAAGGGAUAUCCUGUAGCUUCUGAUCCUUUCCCUGGGCCAUAAGAUACCUCCUCAUUGUAGAAACAUGAUUCUGUACUUGAAAAAAGCAGAAUUCUGACAUACAGACUCUCCAAAGCAGUGUUAACAGGGUUGCACAGGAUAUGGCAGGACUUACAAGAAAAUUCACACUUGAAAUAUGGCCACAGGUCUUUGUUCCCAUAGCAAUAAACACAGGACUUAACCUGUCUAUAGCUUCUUCCACAGUCCCAGCUAUAGGCAGUAAGUAGGUACUGCUCCUGGCACUGUCAGCUGUGUAUGCCAUGUACCAGCCUCCCUCUUCAUAUGUGAUUUAUAGAAAAUAAAUCUUUUUGUGGCUCUGCUUGGUCAGGCCAAGGGUUCUUAACAGGUCAGGUCUCUUACAGUGUUGAAGCCCAAAUCUAAAGUAAAGGGAAUUAGGUAUAUUGCCUAUUUGGGGUAGUUUCCAUAGGUCAGAAGUCUCAGGCCCAUGGUUCUACCUGCCAUGGAACUGUACCGGUAAAGUGUUUGUGAACCUUCCAUGCCCCCUGGGGCUCAUCCCACUGUAUUUACCUGAAUUCAUAUUAAACUUGCUAACUUGCUCAGA